AAGUUUAUGCUGACUCAGCAUAAUAAUUAUGGUAAAGGUCGAUAAUGUAACUGUAAAAAACAAUGAAAUUGUUUCUAUGACAACCACACUAAAACAAGAUGGAGUCUGAAGGAGAAGGCAUUCAAACACUUGAACUCGUGUCCACGCUUGGAUUUGAAGGGAGCAUAUCAGGCGGUGUGUUGGCACAUCCUCAUGGCCAGCAUAUCGUCUACCCUCUAGGAUGCAAUGUUAUUAUCAAGAACAUUGUCAAUCAUGAGCAGGACUUCCUCCGAGGGCAUUCUAAUAACAUCUCGUGUCUUGCUUGCUCCCAGUCCGGAGAGUUCCUAGCCUCUGGGCAAGUGACACACAUGGGAUUCAAAGCUGACGUCAUUAUAUGGCAGUUUAGCAAUCGCUCCCUCUAUUGCCGACUGACCCUACACAAGGUCAAAGUGCAGGCCAUUUCAUUUUCCCCCAAUGACAAAUUUCUGGCCACUCUUGGAGGACCAGACGACAACAGUAUUGUGAUUUGGGACAUAGCCAAUAAGGAGGCAGUGUGUGGGAGUCUGGCCUCCAUGCAGAGUACAGGUCCCGUCCUCUCCCUCUCAUUCAGCAAAACCAGAGAUGAUCUCCUCGUCACAGGAGGAAAUAAGACUCUGCGUGUGUGGGAGCUCAAUCCAGCCACUCGUAAGGUUAUACCCACUGACUGCAACCUGGGCCAGCUCAAGAGGAUCAUCAACUGUGUUAAAAUCUCUCAUGACGACCAGUUCAUGUACUGUGGGACCACCAGUGGGGAUAUACUGCAGGUGAAUAUUGCAACAAGUCUGUUCAGUAACUAUGGGCCUAUGAAGGACAAGUACAGUCUGGGGGUGACUGCUAUCCAUCUUCUGCCCUCAGGCAACCUCCUCAUUGGCACUGGAGAGGGGAGGAUUGUGGAAAGCACAGGGGCUCCCCACUUUAAGCGAGUGCGAUCGUGCAAGGUGGCUGGUGGUAUCACUUCUAUAACUCUGAGAGGAAAUGGCUCAGAGUUUUAUGUGGGGACAAAUCUCUCACAAAUGUUCAAGUUCCAGUUUCACGAUUUCUCCAGCUCUGAAUUGAUUGCCUCCUGUCACCACAGUGGAGUCACUGACAUUGUCUUUCCCACGGAGUCAUCGGAGCUGUUUGCAACUAGUAGUAAGAAUGAUGUUCGUGUUUGGCAUACUGAGACUGGGAAGGAGCUGCUUAGGAUCAGUGUACCUAAUAUCACCUGUCACACUAUCAACAUCACUCCUGAUGGAAAGGCUAUCAUUACAGGAUGGGAUGAUGGCAAGAUCCGUGCGUACUACCCGGAGUCUGGCAAACCAAUGUACACUAUCCAGGAUGCCCACAACAAGGGCGUGACUGCAGUAGCUUGUUCAUCUAAUAGCCGUUGUCUGAUCAGUGGCGGCGGUGAGGGUCAAGUGAGAGUGUGGGAGAUAUUACCAAAGAAACAGUUUAUGAGAGAAGCUCUCAAGGAACACAAGGGAGCAGUCACUUGCAUCAAGAUACGCAACAACGAUCAGGAGUGUGUUACAGCUAGCACUGAUGGAACCUGCAUCAUAUGGGACUUAGUGCGUUUUGUUCGCAAUCAAGUGAUAUUUGCCAACACGAUGUUCCGUACUGUUUGCUAUCGUCCCGAUGAGUGUCAGAUCAUUACCUCUGGGACAGACCGUAAGAUUGGCUACUGGGAGGUGUAUGAUGGCUCACAGAUCAGAGAACUGGACGGUUCAAAGUCCGACUCCAUUAAUGGCAUGGACAUCCACGGCAAGUUCUUUGUCACUGGAGGAGGAGACAAGUUCAUCAAGGUGUGGGACUAUGAUGCAGGUGAUGUGACUCACGUGGGUACAGGACACAGUGGUGACAUCAAUAGUGUCAAGAUCUCUCCAGACGGACGUCACAUAGUCAGUGUGAGUGAGGACGGUGGUAUACUGAGGUGGAGGUACCCCUACACCAUGGAGGACUCUAUGGGAGAGCUCACUAUUGAACAAAACUGAACACUAUUGUAGCAUUUAAUAUCACAUGCACUUUCAUUAUUUUAAUUUAGUUUCUGCUCAUUUUUCGUGCUAUAUAAUAAUUAUUAUACAUGACUUGUACAGUAGUUAACUUCAA